GACUGACGGGGGGCGUGCAGGUGAGCUCACCGGCCUGGGUUCGCUGGCAUGGCAGAGGCCAGGAAGCGGCGGGAGCUGCUUCCCCUGAUCUACCACCAUCUGCUGAAGGCGGGCUAUGUGCGUGCGGCGCGGGAAGUGAAGGAGCAGAGCGGCCAGAAAAUUUUCCUGGCUCAGCCUGUAACCCUUCUGGACAUCUAUACAUACUGGCAGCAAACCUCAGAACUUGGCAAGAAGCAGAAGGCAGAGGCCGAUGCGGCACUGCAAGCCAAGAACCGUGUGUCGGACCCCAUUAGCAGCUCGGAGAGCUCUGAAGAGGAGGAGGAGGCAGAAGCUGAAACUGCCAAAGCCACCCCAAAACUAGCAUGUACCAACUCCUCUGUCAUGGGCACGGAUUUGCCAUCAAGCGUGAAAGAAAAAGCCAAGGCAAAGACCGAGGCAGCUGGCAAGACGGGGAACUCUAUGCCAAACCCUGCCUCUGUGAAGACAGUGGCCCACCUCCUCUCUGGAAAGUCACCUAAGAAGUCAACUGAACCCUCAGCAAAUACUACCUUGGUCUCAGAAACUGAGGAGGAGGGCAGUGUUCCAGCCAUUAGAGCUGCUGCCAAGCCUGGGAUGGUGUCAGCAGGCCAGGCCGACAGCUCCAGCGAGGACACCUCCAGUUCAAGCGAUGAGACGGACAUGGAGGUGAAACCCUCGGUAAAACCAGCCCAGGUCAAAGCCUUGACUGUCCCUACCAAGAAGCCUCCAGCAAGAGGGGCAGCCCCAACCCCUGGGAAGGUGGGGGAUGUGACAGCCCAGGUCAGAGAAGGUGCCCCUACUGCAGCUAGGACAGCCAAGAAGCCAGAAGAGGAGUCAGAGAGUAGCGAGGAGGAGUCUGAAAGUGAAGAGGAAGCCCUCACAGGGACACCCAGACAGGUAAAGGCCUCUGAGAAAAUUCUUCAGGUUAGAGCUGCUUCAGCCCCUGCCAAGGGGACCCCAGGGAAAGGGCCCACCCUAGCACCCUCUGGGAAGGCAAGGCCUAUAGCCACUCAGGCCAAGGCAGGGAAGCCAAAGAAGGACUCAGAAAGCAGUAGCGAUGAGGAUUCGGACAGUGAGGAGGAGACACCAGUUGCCAAGGCCCCGCUUCAGGCAAGGCUCUCAGAGAAGCCUCCCCAGGUCAGAGCUGCCUCAGCCCCUGCCAAGGAGUCCCCUAGGAAAGGGGCUGCCCCCACCCUACCUGGAAAGACAGGGCCUGCAGCUGUCCCGGCCCAGGUGGAGAAGCAGGAGGAAGACUCAGGGAGCAGCAGUGAGGAGUCGGACAGUGAGGGGGAGGCCCCAGCAGCUGCGAGCCCAGUCCAGGCAAAGCCCUUGGGGAAAAACCCCCAAGUGAGACCUGCCUCCAUCAUGGGCGUGGGGCCCUCUGGGAAAGGUGCCAUCCCAGUAUCCCCUGGGAAGGCAGGGACCACAGCCCCCUUGGCCCAGGUGGGGAAGAAGGAGGACCCAACAAGCAGCAGUGAGGAGUCGGAUAGUGAGGAGGAGGCGCCCAUGGCCGCGUCUCUGACCCAGGCAAAGCCGUUGGGGAAAACCCCCCAGGCCAAAUCUGCUUCGGGUCCUGCCAGGGGGCCCUUGGGAAAAGGGACUGUUCCAGUAACCCCUCAGAAGGCAGGGCCUGUGGCCACCCCGGUCAAGGCUGAAAGCUCUAAGGAAGACUCAGAGAGCAGUGAAGAGUCGUCUGAGAGUGAGGAUGAGGCACCAGCAGCCAUGCCUCCAGCUCAGGCAAAACCAGCUCUAAAAACUCAGACCAAGGCCUCCCCAAGGAAAGGUGGCACUCCUGGUACCCUCACAUCUGCCAAGGUCACCCCUGUGGGUUCUCAAGCCCCCAAGAAAGGAGCAGGAUCUUCUCCAGCUACGGCCAAGAGUGCCCAGAGACCGGAGGAGGACUCUUCCAGCAGCGAGGAGUCAGAGAGUGAAGAAGAGGAGACAGCCCGUGUGGCAGCAGUAGGACAGGCAAAGUCUGUGGGGAAAGGCCUCCAAGUGAAAGCUGCCUCUGUGCCCCCCACGGGGCCUUCAGUCCUCCCUGGAAAGAUGGAACCUGUGGUCACCCGGGUCAAAACUGAGACGCAGGAAGACUCUGAGAGCAGUGAGGAGGAUUCAGACAGUGAGGAUACAGCCCCAACUCUAGCACAGGUAAAGGCCUCAGUGAAAACCCCUCUGGCCAAAGCUAACCCAGCUUCCACCAGAGUGUCUUCAGCCAAAGGGGCAACCUCAGCUUCUGGAAAAGGUGUCACCACAGCUGCUCAAUCCAAACAGGGGUCCAAAGCCAAGGCAAAGACACCAGCAAGAACCCUCCAGAACAGUGCCACAUCAGUGAGGGGCCAGGCAUCUAUGCAAAGUGUGGGGAAAGCAGGGGCUACAGCAGCACAGGCCCAGAUGGGGCCAGGGGAGGAGGACUCAGAGAGCAGUGAGGAGGAGUCAGACAGUGAGGAGGAGGUGCCAGCUCAGGCAAAGCCUUUGGGGAAGACCACCCAAGUCAGAGCUGUGUCAGCACUUGCCAACGAGUCUCCUAGGAAAGGCGCUAUCCCCACGCCCUCUGGGAAGACAGGGCCUGCAACCACCCAGGCCCAGAUGGGAAAGUGGAAGGAAGACUCGGGGAGCAGCAGUGAGGAGUCAGACAGUGAGGGCGAGGCCCCAGCGGCCGUGACCCCAGCCCAGGUCUUGUCCCCUCAAAAGAAUGGUAACUUGAAAACUGCUGGAAGCAAGACCCUGGCCCCAGCACCCCCAGACAAGAAUGCAGAGGGGUCCUCAGAGAGCAGUGACGAAGAGCUGCCGCCAAGCCAGGUGAUUAAAACCCCUCUGAUUUUUGUCGACCCUAAUCGUAGUCCAGCUGGCCAAGCUGCUACCCCCGCACAAGCCCAGGCUGCGAACACCCCGAGGAAGGCCCGGGCCUUGGAAAGCACAGCCAAGAGUUCCUCAUCCGAGAGCGAGGAUGAGGAUAUGAUCCCUGCUACGCAGUGCUCAACUUCUGCCAUUAGAACCAACAUGACUGUGCCCACUGCUCAUCCAAAGACAGUCCCCAAAACCAGUGUUGCUGGAGCCCGCAGCAGCAAGAAACAGGAGGGAUCAAUUGCUCAGGUUGACAGUGCUGUGGGAACAGUCCCUGUGACAGGUCCCCAGAGCACCCCUGUCCAGGCUGGAGUGACCAACAAUCUCAAAAAACCUAAGCUUCCUGAGGGACAGCAGGCCACAGCCACUCCCUUGGGAUACCCCAAGGCCAAAGCCCCUGGGAGCUCAGAUGACAGCGAGGACAGCAGCAACAGCUCUUCAGGGAGUGAGGAAGAUGCUGAAGGGCCCCAGAUGACCAAAUCAGCCCACCGGCCAGUAGGUCCAGCCACCUCCAUCAGGGAGACCUUGGUGGAAGAGACCACAGAAUCAAGCGAGGAUGAGGUGGUGGCACCUUCCCAGUCUCUCCUCUCAGGUUAUGUGACCCCUGGACUAACCCUAGCCAAUUCCCAGGCCUCAAAGGCAACUCCCAGGCCGGACUCCAACCCCUCAGUUUCAUCUACUCCAGCCACCAAAGGUAACACAGAUGUCAAGCAGGAGACAGAGCCCCAACAAACAGCAGGCACCAUGUCCCCUAAAACAGGCAGAAAAGAGGCUGCUUCAGGCACCACUCCUCAGAAGCCCCGGAAGCCCAAGAAGGGGGCCGGGAACCCCCAAGCCUCAACAUUGGCAUUGCAGAGUGACAUUGCCCAGCGUCUCCGGGGAGAGCACUGGCCUCUGAGCGAUGCCCAAGUGCAGGCCUCGGUGGCGAAGGUCCUUGCAGAGCUGCUGGAGCAGGAAAAGAAGAAGGCCAUGGAUGCCACCAAGGAGAGCGGCAAGAAGAGCCACAAGCGGAAGCUGUCAGGAGAUCAGCCGGCUCCCAAGGCUCCCAAGAGCAAAAAGAAGAAACAGCUGGCCUCUGGGGAAGGUGGGCAGGACACUGUGUCCCCAGAAAAGGCCUCCAUGACUUCCAAGGGGAAAGCAAAGAGAGACAAAGCAAGUGGUGAUGUCAAGGAGAAGAAGGGGUCUCCUGGCUCCCAGGGGGCCAAGGACAAGCCAGAAGGGGAGCUUCGAAAGGGGGUGGUGAAGGUGGAGGGUAGAGAUCAAAGCAACCCAAAGAUGAAGAAAGAGAAGAAAAAAUCUGACAAAAAAAAAAGGACAAGGAAAAAAAGGAAAAGAAGAAGAAAGCAAAAAAGAACUCAACCAAAGACCCUGAAUUACCAUUUCAGAAGAAAAAGAAGAAAAAGAAGAAGACAGCAGAGCAGAGUGUGUGAGGGUCACGGGCACAAGGCGCAGGGAUCUCUGAGCCGAGUGGUGACCACCCUAUGCCUCUGACCUCGGACUACUUUUGCCCACCAUGGGUUGGAACUGAAUUUUUAACUUCUCCUUCCGUAGAAGAUGAUGGGUGGCUGCAAGGUCCCCAUGCUGGCCAAGCCAGUGAGCCUUUAGAGAGACUGGUCCCAGGAAGAUGUGGCCCAGCUCCCAUGACCUUGCCCUGCCCGCCCCCAACAUAGGAUGCUUCAUAUAGAUGUGUACAGUAUAUAUAUAUAUUUUUUAUAUAACCUGCCUCUCCCCCAACAAACUCAAAUUGAUGUCCAAGGCCUUAGGACUUUCCACCCAAGAAAGUCUCUGCAGACCCAGCUAGGCCCAGCCUGCAGCUCGUCUCAUGCCACAUGGUCUCAGCUCAUCCUGAGGCUUUGUCCUCCUCCUGUCAAUUUUUUCAGUUGUGUUGUUGUUUUUCAUUUGUUUUGUUUGGCUGGGUUUUGUUUUGUUUUUUAAGAACUCAAAAAAUAAAGACUUGCAGGAAAAGUGCUGGUUUCCAAUGUUCCUAGGCAAACGCAUUGAUGGCUUACAUUUGGAAGGGACAAUGUGGCCGACACCCAGCCUUCCUCCUUGACGGCGUUUCAAGGCUCUGGGAUACUAUGGCAGGUGGGAUGGGCAGUUUGCCAGAAAAAGACUCAAGGAAGCACCCAGGGGGCUGCAUUGCUGGGGAAGGCAUCGUGGAAGAAGUGGCCGCUGAGCUAAAAAAAGGGUCAUGGUUGGUCCACCAAAUCCCUAAUAAAUAGCCAAAGGGGACAUUAGGAGCCACCUUUUGGAAUAACUACUUUGGGUGGCAGAUUCUUGAGGAAUAUAGGGGAAGGAAGCUGCAGGAGCAGGAAAGCCAGGGAGGAGUGAGUUGUCCUCAUGUCCAGGUAAUGAUGGGAGCAAAGGCAAGAAGUGGAUGACCUGGAAAGACAUGUCAGGUGAUGUCCACAGGACCUGGCAAUGGCAUGGGUGUGGAUGGGGGCGGGUAGCAAAGGAUGUCUCUUGCUGUUCCAACCUGGAAAUACAAAGGCCCACUUCUUGGGCCCAGAGUAGUGUGGAGUACCAGAGGUCCUAGAGAUUUCUCCAACACUUUUAGCCUCUUGUUAGAGACAGCCACAGGCAGUGCAGAACGCUGGGCUGGAGGUCUUGGUGACUCAGUGGCACCCAGCUGCAUCCUUGGCCCAGGGACUUAGGCACCUGGCCCUCCCCCAGUAGCCUGUUGAUUUAGAACAGGCUGGAGAAUGCUGUCCUCAUUGAACCAUGCCAAGUCUUUAAACUUAAAAACGGAACAACUUUACUGAAGUUUUUACUUUCUGGCUCCUCUUCAAAGCUCAACAGAUCUGAGAAUAGGGGGCCUGCGCUUCAUCAUGGCAGCAGCCAGUGAGAGCUGGAGAGCAGCUGGCUCCUCAGGCACACAUGAGCACCCAGUUCUCCACAGUCCCCCACUUCCUGUCCAUUCCCUGACCGGGGCGCUGCAUCAGUUGCCAUCUGUCAUUGCACUCACACUGUUCUUAGUAUAGAAAUGAAAUUGGGGACAUGGAAAAGUGAAAGCUUGACCAAGAGAAGCGUGUGCUUUAAAAAGCCUAGGCAAGGGCCUGUUUCUUUUUGCAAGUAAAGAGUAUUUGUGUGUGUUAAACAUGCACCCUGGCCAGGUGUGGUAGCUUACGCCUGUAAUCCCAGCACUCUGGAAGGCUUAGGCGGAUAGAUUACCUGAGGUCACAGGUUCAAGACCAGCCUGAACAAGAGAAGACCCCAUCUCUAAAAAUAGCUGGGCAUUGUGGCGGGUGCCUAUAGUCCCAGCUAUUCAGGAGGCUGAGGCAAGAGAAUCGCUUGAGCCCAAGAAUUGAGAAUUGCUGUGAGCUGUGAUGCCACAGCACUCUACCAAAGGUGACAAAGUGAGACUCUGUCUCAAAACAAACAAAA